AAAAAUAUCUCCUCUUUCUUCCGGACCGUUCUUUGGGAUUAGGAUUCUCUCUCAUCCUAUCCCUCUACUCCGAUCUCGGUAAUCCUUGGCCGUGUUAACCCAGGGACAUCCCUGUCUCGAUCAUCUAUCGCCAAAUUUUCUAGGGUUUCUGUUUUCCUUUUUGUUCUACUUUGUUUGUUUGUGUUUCGAUAUGAUGCAGCAGCCAUCAGCGGGAGGAGUACCACCUUCGAUGCAGAUGGAUCAACAAGCUCAGUACCAACAGCAGCCACCGCAGCAGUGGAUGAUGCCGCCGCAGCAACAAGCCCCGUCUCAAACGGCGUCUGGUGCCCCACCUUCGUCUGGCUGGGCCCCUCAGGGUGGGCCGCCGCAGCAGCCGUCAUCUCAGGCCCAGUACGGGUCCGGGGGGCCCAGUCCUGGGUCUGAAGAGAUCCGGUCGCUAUGGAUCGGAGACCUUCAGCAGUGGAUGGACGAGAACUAUAUCCUUAGCUGCUUUGCUCAUACUGGAGAGGCUAUUACAGCAAAGGUUAUUCGUAAUAAACAAACGGGUUUGCCAGAAGGAUAUGGUUUUAUUGAGUUUCCUUCUCGGGCUGUGGCAGAUAGAAUUUUGCAGAAUUUUAAUGGCACAAUUAUGCCAAAUACAGAACAGAAUUUUCGUCUAAACUGGGCCACUCUUGGUGCUGGUGAAAGGCGUCAGGAUGAUGGGCCUGAUUUUACUAUUUUCGUGGGAGAUUUGGCUGCUGAUGUUACUGAUUACACCCUGCAAGAGACAUUUAGAUCUGUGUACCACUCUGUAAAGGGUGCAAAAGUUGUUACUGAUAGGGCCACUGGACGAUCGAAAGGAUAUGGGUUUGUUAGGUUUGGUGACGAAAGUGAUCAAUUGCGUGCUAUGAAUGAAAUGAAUGGUCAGUAUUGUUCUUCCCGGCCUAUGCGAAUUGGGCCUGCUGCUACUAAGAAACCCAUUGGUGGAGGUGGACAACAAUACCCGAAAGCUACCUACGCAAACACUCAAGGGUCCCAGGGCGAGAAUGAUCCAACUAACACAACAAUAUUUGUUGGGGGUUUAGAUUCUAGUAUCAAUGAUGACAUGUUAAGACAAGUGUUUAGCCAAUUUGGCGAGCUAGUUCAUGUUAAAAUUCCAGUAGGCAAGCGUUGUGGUUUUGUUCAAUUUGUUAACAGAGCUAAUGCAGAACAAGCAAUAUCAAUGUUGAAUGGAUCCCAGCUAGGAGGACAGAGUAUUCGACUUUCAUGGGGUCGUAGUCCUACGAGUAAACAGACUCAGCAAGAUCAGACACAGUGGAACGGAUAUUAUGGAUAUCCACAAGGAUAUGAUGCAUAUACAUAUGCCCCCCCUACCCAAGACCCUAGCAUGUACUAUGGGGGCUAUGCUGCUGCUGGAUAUGGAAAUUAUCAGCAACCUGGUGCUUACCAACAGCCACAGCAGUGAUUUAUGGCUAUCUUAGAGACUGGAGGGUAGUAGUAUCUGUCUCUGAAGCUUCACAGUUGGUGUUUCUCUUGCUGGAGCUUUUGAUGGUCUGCGGUUUUUGUGCCCUGUUGUCGUAGAGUUUUUUUUUAUAUAUAUAUUUUGGUGCUUUUUUUAGCUGUCCUCCCUUCUCCCUUCAAAACAUGCCUUAUACAAUAGACCUAUGCGCUUCAAGUUUGUGUUUUUUCUUUUAUGAUUAUUAACUUUCCAUAUGCCGAUCUUGUAUGGAUUGAUGCUGUUGGCGACUUUAUUUGCUAUAGUAGUUUGAUUCUCGUUUGAGAACCCCUUUCAUUGUU